UUUGUGUUGAGACCGUAUUGGAGAAGAUACAACCUCAUGUUAUGUCCAGUAUGAACAAACAUAGAAGAGACGUGUGUGUCUUCCUUCCCAACAAGGAUCAGCUUAACAUUGUCGUUGGGGUUAAAGCGAGAGGACAGGAUGUUUUCAGUCAUGUGUCUGAUCUGCUGGAUGUCAAGGAGCUGCAUCUCUUUGGCUUGACCAUGCUCAGAGAUGAUGAGCAUGUGUUCCUUGACUUGGAACAAAAGCUGACAAAGUACUUUGGCACCAAGUGUAGGAGGAACUCAAACAAGGACCCAGUACUUCUUUUCAUGAAAGUUCAAUACUACAUUGACCACAGUCACCUCAUCUUGAACAACAGAGCAAAGCAUAUCUAUUACGCUGACCUGAGAAAUAGAGUGCUGUGCUCACAAUGCUUCAACCAGGAGCCACUGAUGUUCCAGUUAGCAGCCUACGCCCUGCAGGCUGACCUGGGAGACUUGCCUCUUAAAGAGCAAAGAGAAGUGAUAAUGGAAAAUGAAGCUGGUCACUACUUCCAUCCCCAAGAUUACUUCCCUCACUGGGUUGUGAAGCGUCGCGGGAGAGAUUACCUGCUUAUGCACACUCCUAGCCUGCAUGGUGAUCUGAGGGGUGUGUCCCAACCUGAUGCCAUGUCGCUCUUUAUAAAGGAAGCCAGCUCUCUCCAGGACGUUCCCGUCACCCUCUACAGAAUGAGGAAGGCUAAAAAGGAGAAGAAACGCUCUGUAAUACUUAGUUUGGCUCUGAACGGGAUACGUCUGUAUGAGGAGGUGGAUGGAAUCCAACAUCUACUGUACAACUUCUCAUGGUCCAGUAUAGACCGCCUCACAUUCCAGGGGCGGAGGUUCAGGAUCCAGGCGGUCGGGUCUUUGAGUGUCCCUGAGCUCUUGUACUACACCGCCUCUGCCUUUCACGCCAAACACAUGCUGAAGCAUGUUAGCGACAGCCACCGCUUUCACAUGAACACCAGAGCCACUCGCUCUAAACUCCGGCACCUAGAGGACAGCCAGGUCUGUGACCUCUACAGAGAAGCCUAUAUAUGUGACCGAGGGUUGCUGAGGUCAAAGCUUCGUUGCUCCCAGGACAGCCCUGCUUCCUCUGACACAUCAGACCACGCUGGGCAACCAUGCCACCCCGUGGAGGCUGCCCUAAACACUGACACAAGGCUUUGGUCAGUGUCUGAGCAGGAGUGGUCUGGGGAAGAGUUUGAACUGUGUGUGGAUGAGCCAGAGGAGGUCUCUGUGGAUGACCCAGAGUGGAUGACGUGGUGGUCUGAGGGCGUGUCUGUGGAUGACCCUUUGAUCACACCAGGGUGUCAUUGGGCAGAUGUCACCACAGAGAUGAAACAGGUAAGUCACCCAUCCCAUUCCAUCUGCUCUUCUCCCCCCUUGCUCUUCUCUCCUCACUUUUCCUCUCCCUUCUUCUCAGGUGUAAUGACUUUCCUAAUUUCUUCUGGCUGUUCUCCAGUCUUGAUCAAAUACUAUACAAAGUGUGACCUUGUGUAGCACCUUACCUAUGAGAGGUAAGAAAGUAUAUCCCUCCAAGACUUGAGUUGAAGAACCCUGUGAGAGUUAAGACAGCCUCACCCUCCAGGACUUGAGAUGAAGAACCCUAUGAGAGGUAAGACAGCCUCACCCUCCAGGACUUGAGAUGAAGAACCCUGUGAGAGGUAAGACAGCCUCACCCUCCAGGACUUGAGAUGAAGAACCCUGUGAGAGGUAAGACAGCCUCACCCUCCAGGACUUGAGAUGAAGAACCCUGUGAGAGGUAAGACAGCCUCACCCUCCAGGACUUGAGAUGAAGAACCCUGUGAGAGGUAAGACAGCCUCACCCUCCAGGACUUGAGAUGAAGAACCCUGUUCCAUGUAGUCUCACAUGGGUAACAUCUGUGUGGCUUCAACCACCAAAAACCCAAUGUCUUUCUAACAUGGAUAAGAGUAGUAAGGGGUAGGUGA